CAAUUUCAUUGCAUUUCCGCCGUUUACCAAGGGCAGCUAUUCAAUAAGAUCAUGAGGAAAACACAAGAUUCAAUCAUGAAUCCUGAAGAGAUUUUUAGUAUUGGCAGUGUUGUUCGCAUUGUUGAUUGUCAUAAAGAGACUUACAAAGGCACAGUUAGGUCAUUUGACUAUAACACGAAAAUUCUUUCCAUCGGUAAUUUUUUUUUGUUACCAUUAUUUAAUAUUUUCGUAUUGCUUAUUUGUUACUACAACGACUACGUCUACUUAUCUACUUACUUAAACUUAUAAAUAACUAAGUCCUAGUAAGUUUUGAAGUCUACAUAGUACUCACCUACUGACUUACUACUUCUACAAGUACGUACUUGGUGUUGAGUUAGACUUUUUUUUAAGUAGACUGUCUGAAGUUACUCAUUUGUGUUAGGACUAGGACUUAAUUAUAAUAAUAAGUAAUAAUUAUAAGGCAAGGCCUAUGCCUAUGUAUGUCCUAUGUAGCUAUUUUAACUACUAGGCAUCUACUUUUAAAAAAUCAGUGAAGAAUAAGAACCACCAACUUACAUUUAUGAGUCCCCUGAGUCUGAUUUUCUGUGUAGGAGUGAACUCCCCACUGUUAUUCACAUUUUAUUACUAGAGUACUAGAGUUAACUAUUUUAAUUUUUUCUGGGUAUCAAUACUGAAUACUGAACAUCAAUAAAAAGAUUGAUUUAUAAUUAUUUUUUCAAAACGAGGUUAAUUAGUCUAAUUCUAAUAGUAAUAGCCUAGCAGUAUUUGAAAUGAGGUUCUCACUUUUGGUGGUUUAAGUCUGAUCAUUUGGUAAAUGGAUUUUGUCUUUAUUUAUAUGUUUGGGGUUUAAUUUAUGGUGGAACCAGUAACAUAAUUAAAUGUGUAAAAGUUUAUUUAAUUAAACUGUAAUUUGGGUUUUAAUUAUUUUGAAUAUUUUAAAAUUGUUCUAAUCUUUUUAUUAUAUUGUACACGUUUUUGCACUUCUGUGUUUAAUUGUAACACACUAACACUUAGUUUUAGGGUUCAGGGUAGGUCUAGAGAUUUUAAGUUUGAGGAUUUACAAGAAUGAUUUCCACGAGGGGAGACUGAUUUUCACGCUAGGGUCAUUUAGCAUUCAGGUUAGGUAGAGUGAUAGAUUUUAGGUUUAAAGGACCCUUACCACCCCCCCACCCCCCAGGGUUGUUCACUACUUCUUGACACAUCUGCCGUCAUAACAACAAAGAUUGUGGCUGUAUCAAAAACAAAUUAAUGCUGUUUAUGCCAGGGAAAGAGACAACCCAGAUUGCAUACAUUUUUUAAGAAUCAGUAAAAUCUACAGUUUAUAAUAAACCAAAAAUUUAAUUGAAAUAUUUACACUCAUUUCUAUGAUGGAACUAACUUCAUUUGAACAAAACAUUACAUGAUUUCAAUAAAGCAGACCUUUUGACCCUCGAACUCCUAAAAUCAUUCAAUAUUGUCUUAAAAUAAUACUGUACAGUAUCUUAAUACUAAGUUAAUAAGCAUACAGUAUAUAUAAUAAUGGAUACAAUAACUACUUUGUCUUGUGGGACCAAGUUAAGCUGUCAUCAAAAAAAGGUAACUUCUAAAAGUAGAUGACCAACAUUUAAAUUGCAAUAUGCAGUCACUUUGUUUUACAGACAUGUAUUUUGUUAUAGAUAUUAAUUUAUAUUGAACCUGCAGAUCACAUUAUAAUAGUCUGUCACUGGUAAAAAUAUAUUACUGAUGAAAUCAAACUCAAAGUCAGAUAAACAUAAAAUGAAAUUUAUUGAAUUUAGAAUUAACAAAUGAUGACAUCAUUUUAAAAAACCUACCAAGAAACUUGAUUUUUACAAUUUAGGAAAAGCUGGUGUCAAAAAAAAAAAAAAAUAUCCAUAAAGCCUAUUUCCUGCUAAUAUAUUAUAGUCUGAUCAAACUAUCACAAGCUGUAAAUGGGUAUAAGGGAGAGGAAUGUUGGAACCAAACAGGGGUACCAGUAUUAAAAAUCAUCAGCUGUUUUGUGUGUUCUCAAAAUUGAUUUCAACGGCCCUCUACAUUCCUAUAAAAUAUGUAAAAAUCUAAUGUUGCUGCGCGGAACAGUUGAGAAUGCAUUCUCCGUUUCUGUACUCGCUGCGGUUUGACAAAUGAAAUAAUGUCACAAAAGUGGGGAUUGGCAAAAAUUGCCACUAAGGCGUCUACGCUAAUAUUACUGUUGCUGUGUCUUAGUGAGUUAAUAUGAAAACACACAAAGCAACAAUAUGACCAUAACCACUUUCAACAUGAAAUUGUGGCAGAGUUAAUUUUAUAUACUUACAUAUUUAGACACACACACCCCGUACACAAAAUCUCCUCUCAGGAUACACAUAAUAUAAUUAUAGUAGGUCCCCAACCUAUCCUAUUUCUUGAUCCAUUCACUGCUGGAUGAUGAAAGGAGGCUCAAACUAAGAACCGAAAAUAUACUUUUUAAUUAUUAUUUUUUCAUAGGAAAAACGACCGGAAUCUAAACAUUUUCAAGUCGAUUUCUUAAAAUUGUAGUUUUGAUAGGUGUUGGCAAACAAUCGUAAAAUACAUCUCAAAAUCUUACAUUGUACACCAAAAUCAUUCUGAUUAAGAUAUGUUCUCUACUUUUACAGCUCAGCUGUAGGUUAACUAAGAGGAAACUUAAAAUUGUAUAUUAUUUCCCUUAAUAAUAUAGUGCCGUUAGUAUAUUAUGUAGAAAUAAAUGUAUCAAUUUUUUUUAAAGGUUAAAUUAUAAAAUAUUGAAAAUUUAAAGAAGUUGGAUUUUUAUAAUCUAUGUUAUAAUAUAUAUGACCGUUUUCAUGAAUUAUUAAUUAUAAUUAAUAUAUUCUCCUUCAGUAACUGCAUUGAACAAUUUCUGAAAUCAUUGUUGUUUAUUUUAUGUGUUGAAAUUAUAAUUAUAGUUCCAUUGUAAUUUAAACCAAAAAUUAUUAAAUAUUUAUUAGUAUGAUGCAAAUCUUUGGACUUGGACACCUUGGAAAAAGUUUUUAGUUAUUAGUAAUAUUAAUUCUAUCUUAAGUCAGAAUCUUCUUUGUACAAACAAUAUCCAUGUCAAUAAAAUGUGUUUACUUCAAUUAGACUUAGCUAGUCAAUGAAACUAUGAAACUCCUGUUGAAAACAUUUAUUGUUAAUUGAUAAAUGUUAAGCUUUAAAAUGAUAUUGUUUGUUUUUUCAGAGGCCCCAUCACCUACUUAUGCUCAGCUUUCAGAUAUUUAUAUUUUCAAUUUGGACUAUGUAGCUGAUAUAGAGGUUUUAGAAGAAAAAUCUGGAGCACCUGAACCACUGCCUUUCAUAAAUGUAUCUAAGGUUAGUACUAAGAUUACACAAAGAGAGAGGAGGGGGGAGGGCGUGCAAAUGACAAAAAUGUGUGCACAUACAACACAGUAAAAAAAAUAUGCCUUUAAGUAAUUUAAGAGAGUUUUAAAGCUUAUGUAAACAUUUAUAAAUAUAUUUAAACAUUUUUUUACAUUUAUUUUAUCACAAAAAUAAUUUAAUAGUAAUAGAAUGAACCAAAUCUGUACAAGUACAAUAUUAAUAUUAUGGCAUAAUUUGCUAGCCAUUAUUUGAGUUUGAAGCACUUGUCUAAUUGAGAUGUAAUUUCAUUCUCUCGUCAUAUUUAAAGAUUUAACUAUUUUAGAUUUCUCAAAGACUUGUUGAACAAGAAAAAGACAGAAUCAAACAAAAAACUUAUAUAGGUGUUGAUGUAUCUCCUGAAGGACAAAGACUUAUGAACACAAUAUCUAAAACGUAAGUAACUUGUUUAAUUUUUUGUAACUUUUUUUUUUUUUUUUUGGUUCCAAAUUUAUAGUUGAAAAUUAAUAAAGGUUUUAGUUUUUAUUUUAAUUUAAAAUUUUAAAUUUUUGCUCGUUUGUAUUUUAGUAUAAAAUAUCUAAAACGUAAGUAACUUGUUUAAUUUUUUGUAACUUUUUUUUUUUUUUGGUUCCAAAUCUAUAGUUGAAAAUUAAUAAAGGUUUUAGUUUUACUGUUACUUUAAAAUUUUAAACUUUUGCUCGUUUGAAUUUCAGUAUAAGUGACUGCAGGUGGAUUGAGAAGGAUAUUGUUGUACUUGGUGAGGUUACAAUCAAACCCCCUUAUGGACCAAGAGAUCUGCACUGCUCAGAAGGCAGUAAAGCACUGGCACACAUCUCAAAAAUUGUAAGCUUCUUGAGAAUUUUUUUUUCAAUACCUAUGCUUUUACUCUUUUAUAAUAUCUAGUAAAGUAUUACUGGUUAAAGUUAAAUAAAUAUCAACUGUAGGGAGAGUUAAACUAUUUCAUUAUAUUUGGAUUUCACAGUCAAAAAGUUUGUGGGGGUCAAAAUAAAAUACCUUUCUUUAAUGAAAGUCUUUUUUUUUUAUAAAAUAGUGUUUUCAAAUUUACCAAAAUGAAGCUAUUAAAUGGAGUUGAGCAGAUACUACAGCAGAAAUAUAUUGGUAAACCUUGAUCUGUACCAAUUCAUUGGUAGAUAACAAAACAAAUAUUGCAUCUUUGCUAUCAUUAUAGUAUUAUAGCAGUGUUGUGGAAAAUAAUUAGAUGCGUAAAGCUAACAAAUUUUCAUGGAACCAUUUUAAAACAUUUUGAUGAGAAGUGAAGAUUAUUACACAGAUUAACAUAUUAUGAAUUAAUCAAGCGAAUCUAAACACCUUUCAAAUAAAAAUAACGCCCUGAUAAAGUUAGAGGAAUUAUUUUGUCACACUUUUUUCCAUGUUUAAGAAAACUUUUUCCAUAAAAUUUGCAGGUAGAGAAACAUUAUGAUGAGGAAGCCAAACUGGGUCGACCUGUACCCUCACAUUGCUGAUUGAGAACAUAGUACAUACAGUUAAAGCCUUCUCUAUUACUUUAUUACUGUUGUGUUACAGUGAAAACACUUAAACUAUAGAUUACUAAUGUUGUUGAAGUUGUUUUGGCUGCAGAAAAAUCAAAUAUUACUCUCAUUUUGUACGAAAGAGUUUAGUCCAGUGAAUUGAAGUAUAGCAAAACUUAGAUAAUUUUAUUAUCCAGUUCAUAACAAAAGAUAAAGAUGAAAAUACUAAAAUAUAUGGUAGUCCAUGCUUUGGGAAAUAGAAAUAAAGUCUAAAAUAUUAAAAUUAUGUAAAAUGAGCCCUUUAAAUAGUGGAGUAAAGAGUGGGUUAUAUCAUUUCUUAUUUAGCUAAAUAAGAAAAGAAUGAGCGAAGUUUAUUUCUUUUAUUGUUAAUAUUUCUGUCGAUAUUAAAAGAAUUGUUUUAUCAGUUUGGUUUGUUUCUUGUCAUUUUUGCAUGUACCCAUCGCAAUCAACAUUUUCACAAAGCAAAAGUUUAAUUAGGUCUAAUUUUAGAAAGCAGAACAUUUUUUUUUUUUUAAUUUUAAAGUCACAGGUAUCUUUUAGGAAAUCAGGGUUUGGUUUUUUUUCUAGACUUUAACAUUUAACGGGAACCACCAACAGGCAUAUCAUCCAUUCAACACAUGCAUUUUCUUAUCAGUUAUUCACAUAAAACAAAUGUAAUGGCAGCACAGCAUUCAUGUGAGGAAUGAAAAGAUUAUCAUUUCAUUGAUGUUAUGUCUACAUUAAUGACAGUUUUUGUUUUGUGCAUGGCAUAACCAAUGACACAUUUACAUGUGUGUAAAGUGCAUGAAAUGUAUUCUAGGAGUAUUUUGGAAUUCAUAAGAGAAUUUAUGAAAUAGAGUGAUUUUUGUAAUAAACUAUAAAUAAUCCUGGCCAUUAUUAUUUAUUUACAUCAGCGGAUUUAUUUUGCAAGUGUCUAUAUUUUGUGUUUAUGGUUUAGGCUUAACUCUUAAGAGGAUUUUUAGGAAAUGCCGGAUGAAAUAUGGGUAGUAAAAAUAUCCUUUAGCUUAUCUGAAAUUUAUUCAUGUAUACUUCAUGUAAGAAAUACAAACAACAUAGGUAAGAUUUUAAAUAUCCUCAAAUAUCUGAGAUAUUAUGUAUAAAUCAUAUGAUCUUAUUGUUUUUAUUUACCCAUCAUAAUGACAAAGUCUUGAUACAAAAUUAGUUUUACAUGAAUAUUUCAAAGCUUUAUUACUGUAUUAUUUUAAGUAAUUCGAGCUAAAAUGUAUCAAAGAACUGUACAGGAAAACAUUUAAAUUGAUAAAAUAAAACAG